UAACGGGAUCAAGUAGUUGAUGGUACUCUAUAUCACGUUCGAAAAAACAAGAAUACACUUAGCGACAGACGUAACCAUGGCAACAUUCGUUAAGUAAACACAUACGAUGACGAACGCUGCCAAAGUUUUGCUUCUCGGUCCAACAAAGAGUGGGAAAACAACGUUAGCCAAUUUUUUGUCGGAUGCUAAAGAUGCUAUCGGUCAAUACCGACCCACCGUCGGUUGUCGAAUUCUCGAAUUCCAGAUGGAGUCUCAUCACAGUUCGUCUAGAAGCGCUGCAAAUAACGUAAACAACAGCGACAUUCAAUUAUGGGAUUGUAGCGUUGAUCGAAAUGUUAGCAACUGUUUGCCGGCUUUGGCCAGUGAUGCUGUGGGCGUCCUUUUGGUCUACGACAUCACAGCAGACGACCACGUAGCCGAACUGGAAGAGUUCUAUAACGUUUGGAACAACUAUCUCGAAUUAAGUCCGAGCCGUUAUUUAGUUGUGGCGCGCAAAUGGGGCGACGGUCAACCUAACAGAAAACGUACCAUUAAGAUGGGAAGUUUGGCACGACUGUCUCGCGUCGAAUGGGACAUUGACGCAGAUGGUGCACGAGUUCAAAAUGAAUUCGUUUCUUUCAUGUCUUCGGUUUUACUUGACGUCCGUCGUAAACGAGAUGAAGAAGAAAUUACCAUCCUCAAAGAAUAAACCAACUAUGGAGAGCAGUUUAUUUUUUGUGAAUGCUCGAUUUAAAUACAAGAUGA